AUUUAAAAUUUAUAUACACGCCUCUUCACCUCAAUCUUUCCUUUUCUCCUUUCUUUCUUUUCUGGAUUCUUCAACCUUAGAGAACAGAAUUUGAAGGCUGCAAUUAUACAUACUCUGGAGUUUCGGAUCAAUUUCACCUAAUUUCCAUACAUAAUAUUAAUGGGAAAUUGUAUUCCAGUUUGCAAGGUGAACAUGGGAUCAGAAGGACCUAAGAAUGUCACAUUUCAUGUUACUGGUUUCAAGAAAUUCCAAGGAGUUGCUGAAAAUCCCACUGAAACCAUAGUAAACAACUUGAAUGAGUAUGUGUCAAAAAAUAGUCUUCCUGCAGGGGUGAAACUUGCAAGUUGCACAGUUCUCGAGACAGCCGGUGAAGGGGCAAGACCAGCGCUUAACCAGUUGUUCGAAACAGCAGCCUCCAAUUCUGACAAUGAAUUAGUUGUGUGGCUUCAUAUCGGAGUGAAUAGUGGUGCGCAAAAAUUUGCCAUUGAACGCCAAGCAUUCAAUGAAGCAACAUUUCGCUGUUGUGAUGAGCUCGGAUGGCAACCACAGCAAGUACCAAUCGUUCCUGAUGAUGGAGAAACAUCAAAAACACGACAGACGCGGUGCUCAGUGGAAAGCAUCCUUGAUUUCAUGAAGAAGAAAGGCUUCAAUGUAAUGAUAUCGGAUGAUGCUGGUCGUUUUGUAUGCAAUUACGUGUACUAUCACUCUCUCCGAUUUGCAGAAGAGAGAGGCCACAAAUCUCUAUUCGUUCACGUUCCCCUUUUCUCUAAGAUUGAUGAAGAAACGCAGAUGCGUUUCAUUAGUUCCCUCUUUGAGGCUAUUGCAGCUACUUGUUGACGGUACCAGUAAAACAUGAUUCGCUAGUUAGUUCGCCUUUUGAAUUCGCGUAUCACUCAAAAUGGCUUAAAAACAGCCUAAAACCGACCUUAGUUUGCUUUUUUUGUUUCACGAUUCGCAUGGCGACUAGCGAAUCAUGUGACACUGGACGGUACUAUUGAUCCGAAGCUCCAUAAGAGACUAGUUGGAAAAGGUUUGCAUUUAUGUUGUAUACUAGUGUGUGCAUUUCUUCAUGUUUCGUACAAGCAAAAGAAUGUAGUACUCCAUGAGAUAGCUAUUUCUUGUCUUGUCAGCUACUUGUUAUAGCUCUCGACUAAGUUCCCCUUUAUGUUCAUCAAGAGAUGUACUAUAAACAAUCAAAUGCUGGAUGAUUGUUGUGAUUC